CAUUGCUGCUUCUGCCUUGCUCUCUCUUGGAUUGCCCCCUAUGGAGGAAGUCAGCCACCAUGUUGUGAAGAUUUUCAAGGCCCUGUGGAGAGUCCACGUGGGAAUCAGCUGAUGCUUCCUUCCAACAACCAGCAUCAGCUGGUUGUUUACAAUGUAAACAAUGUAAACCAGCAUCAGCUAGCCAACCAGUGAGUGAGCCAUCUUGGAAGUGGGUCCUCAGCCUCAGUCAAGCCUUCAGAUGACUGCAGCCCCAGGCUACAUCUUGACUACAGUAUCAUGAGAGACCCAAGCCAGAACUAUCCAAUUAAGCCACUCCCAAAUCACUGAACUACGGAAAUUCCACUGCAGGUGUGUGAACAGCACUGCUUCUGCAAUAAAAGCCUAGACUCACCACAUCUUGGGAAGAGAAUGGCCACUUUCUGGGGGGCAGCCUUUUUGAUGCUGGUGGCAUCCUGUGUUUGCAGCACUGUCUUCCACAGAGACCAGGAGACUUGGUUUGAGGGUAUUUUCCUGUCUUCCAUGUGCCCCAUCAAUGUCAGUGCCAGCACCUUGUAUGGAAUUAUGUUUGAUGCAGGGAGCACUGGAACACGAAUUCACGUUUACACCUUUGUGCAGAAAAUACCAGGACAACUUCCAAUUCUAGAAGGGGAAGUUUUUGAAUCUGUGAAGCCAGGACUUUCUGCUUUUAUGGAUCAACCUAAGCAGGGUGCUGAGACUGUUCAAGGACUCUUAGAAGUGGCCAAAGACUCAAUCCCCCAAAGUCACUGGAAAAGGACCCCAGUGGUCCUCAAGGCAACAGCAGGACUGCGCUUACUGCCAGAACAGAAAGCUGAGGCUCUGCUCUUUGAGGUAAGAGAGAUCUUCAAGAAGUCACCUUUCCUGGUACCAGAUGACAGUGUUAGCAUCAUGGACGGAUCCUAUGAAGGCAUAUUAGCUUGGGUUACUGUGAAUUUUCUGACAGGUCAACUGCAUGGCCACAGCCAGGAGACUGUGGGGAUCCUGGACCUGGGUGGGGCCUCUACCCAAAUCACAUUCCUGCCUCAGUUUGAGAAAACCCUGGAGCAAACCCCUAGGGACUACCUCACUUCCUUUGAGAUGUUUAACAGCACUUAUAAGCUCUAUACACAUAGUUACUUGGGAUUUGGAUUGAAAGCUGCAAGACUAGCAACCCUGGGAGCCCUGGAGAUGGAAGGGAUUGAUGGACACACUUUCCGAAGCGCCUGUCUACCUAGAUGGUUGGAAGCAGAGUGGAUCUUUGGGGGUGUGAAAUACCAGUAUGGUGGUAACCAAGAAGGAGAGAUGGGCUUUGAGCCCUGCUACACUGAAGUGCUGAGGGUGGUCCAAGGAAAACUUCACCAGGCAGAUGAGGUCCAGAGAAGCUCCUUCUACGCUUUCUCUUACUAUUAUGAUCGAGCUGUUGAUGCAGACAUGAUUGAUUAUGAAAAGGGGGGUGUUUUAAAGGUUGAAGAUUUUGAAAGAAAAGCAAGGGAAGUGUGUGAUAACUUGGAAAACUUCACCUCAGGCAGUCCUUUCCUGUGCAUGGAUCUCAGUUACAUCACAGUGUUGUUGAAGGAUGGCUUUGGCUUUGCAGACAGCACCAUCUUACAGCUCACAAAGAAAGUGAACAACAUAGAGACAGGCUGGGCCUUGGGGGCCACCUUUCACCUGCUGCAGUCUCUGGGCAUCUCCCACUAAGGCCAAGCCCUUCCUCUGAGGCGUGUAUUCACCAACAACCUUUUUAGAGGGAGGAGAGAGGAUCAGCCAUGUUCUAAGCUAGUCUGGGUACAGCCUAGACUGAAGCCCAGCAGCUGCCUUCAUCAGGAGUAAGGGGCUUUUGUAGACAGGUCUUACCCUUGAGUCUAGAGAUUUGGAUUUAAUUAAUUUUACACAUCUAAUGUGAACUAUUACCUAAUCAUUCUGUGUGCACAGCUGGCACCAGAGUCUAAAUCUUUGAGAUUCCUUGUGUGGAGAGCCAAAAGGAAUAGCUUUGGAACUUAACCUUGGAGAGCCCAGAGAAAGGUCCCUGGGAACCAAAGAAAAAAAUCUCAUUUCA